AUGACUUGCAUCACUACUCCCAGGUUCUCUCUUCUCUUUAAUGGAUCGUUACAUGGAUUCUUUGAAGCGAAGAGAGGACUUAGACAGGGAGAUCCUAUGUCACCUCUAGUUUUUGUACUGGGAAUGGAGUAUCUCAGCAGGAUAAUGAAGAAAAUAGGUGACACAGAAGGCUUCCAGUUUCAUGAAAGAUGUGGGGCUUUAAGACUAAAUCAUUUGAGCUUUGCGGAUGAUGUCUUGUUAUUUUGUAGGGGUGACUUCAAAAGUGUCUACUUAUUGCUAAGGGGCCUCAAAUUAUUUUCUAUGACCUCGGGGUUACAGCCUAAUAAGAAGAAGACUGCAAUUUAUUGUAGUGGCAUGCAUGAGAGUGAAACAAAAAGACUGGUAGAUGCCUCGGGAUUUCAGAAAAGUACCCUGCCUUUCAAGUAUCUCGGAGUACCCAUAUGUGCUAAAAAAAUUUCAUCAGCUGAAUGCUCUAUCCUAGUUGAGAAGAUGACUGCAAGAAUCAAAGUGUGGAGCUCCAAAAAUCUUUCUUUUGCUGGUCGAUCUGUGUUAAUCAACUCAGUACUCUUAUCCAUUCAUAUGUACUGGAGCCAAGUUCUUAUUCUUCCCAAGAAGGUGAUUAAAGAGAUUGAGAGUAUUUGUAGAAGUUUUCUCUGGUCAGGGAGAAGCACUAUGAAUGGUCCAGGGAAUAUAGCUUGGGAGCAGCUAUGCAAGUCCAAAAAAGCUGGUGGAAUUGGUUUUCAAGACAUUGCCAAAUGGAAUCAAGUUGCAAUUGCAAAACAUGUGUGGGCGAUUGCUACUAAGAAGGACAAUCUUUGGGUGAAGUGGGUGCAUAAUGUGUAUAUUGAAGAUGAAGAUUGGUGGGGGUAUGAGGCUCCCAUCCAUAGCAGCUGGUAUUGGAGAAGACUUGUGAGCAUAAAGGACCUGGAAGAAAGAGACUUUCACCUUAGCAAGCAGAUUUGCACAAUACUGCCUUCAAGACUUGAAAACCUAGCUGGGAUGGAGGUCAGUGAACACAAUUCUGCAGAGUAUCUUGAGGGGAAUUAA